AUGGCAGCAGAGCAGGAGCCAAGAGAUAUGAAGAAGGGGCUCUCAUUUGGGUCAUGUCAAGAGAGGAAAAUGUUCCCUUCCCACCAAGCCCCAGACAGGCUGGGAAUCCAGCUGGUGGCCAUCAGGGGAAACCCUUUGCUUGGACCAGGCUGUUACCUGAGUGAAAAGAUUAACUCCCUCAAAUAUUCUUUGGAAAACAAACCACUGAGCAAGAAAGGCUAUGUUGUAGGAGCAAGAACAGCCCAGCGCUUCGUAGCACAGCAGACUGUGAGUCCUGGCCCAGCAACGUACCAGUCCUUCUGGAUGAAAGAGAAAAAAUGCCAGCCUGCUUAUGCUCCAUUUUCCAGGAAGGCACCACGAUUUCCAGAUAAGCCUUCAGAUAGAGACUUUUUCCCUGGACCUGGAACUUACCAACCACACAAGCCAGUACCCAAAAAAGUCACUUGGCCAAUGAAAUUUGGGUCUCCAGAUUGGUCUUUGGUGCCAUCACCAGUACAGAAGAUGGCAAAAAUGGAGGUGCAGAAGAUGAGCAUGGACAGAGACUUCAGGAAACACCGGGACCGAGUGGCUUACCUGAGUCUGUACCACAGCUGA